AUGAACUUCAUAAUCGGCAAGAACGAGGAGGAUGAGUUCGACAAGCUGACACCACAAUGGAUCCGCAUGACGAGGUUGCUGGAGCUGGAGGAUGGCCUCAAAUCCCGCCACGGGAAAUACCCUUGGCUCUGGUGCCUCCUGACAGUCCACCGGGAAUUCGACACACGCCUGGCAAAGGCCGCUUCCCUGAAGCCCGUCACCGACCAGUUCGAGCUGUACCCGCUCAAGACCAUCCAGAGAGUAUCGGCGUUCCGCCACGACGCCAAGACGCAGGAUUUGACGCAUGCGUUUCUUGCGUUUCUGGCCUCGAAACAGGAAAGCUACCGCCUAUGUUGGUAUUAUAUACAGAGGAACCUCCAGGCCCAACUCAAGAGUUUGGAGGAACCCACAGAAGAUCAUUCUUCGGGGGGUUGGAAUGCCUAUGCAGCUGGAUACAGCUUCAAGGGUGAGAAGUUUGAUGAUUCGGCCGCACUUUCAAGCGAGGACAGCGCUCUGGCCGAGCAAGUCCGGAAUUUCGCCAUCAAAUUUCAGGAGGACUACGCCAACAUCCGAAAUCGCAAAAUAACGGCUUCCAAGCCGAUCGCAAGAAAGCUGCAAGAUAUAUUCCAGGAGGCAAAGAAAUCCUGGCCGGAAGAGAUCGACGACAUCUGGAAGUUUCUCAGCGACAUCAUGGAGCUCGAGCCUUCCGAAACCAAGCACCAUCAAUGGCGGUACGAGAAUGCGUUCCCUCUCACGGCGCUUCUGGAGGCCAAUUUCUGCAUGUUCGCGAGGAUGGAUACCGGAACCCAGGCAAUCUUUUCCUGGCCCGAGGCCUACCAGAGGCUGAAACUCAGUGCUGAGGAGAGAGCGAGCAAGUGGGGGGCCAUCUAUCAGGAAAUAGAAACCCUCAGAGGCACGAUCGAGGAGCAGCGUCAAAUCAUCACGUGUCUUGAAUACCGCCACAUCCUAGAGCAUCUGCCUCCCGACCGGGUCCCCGGGAAGGGCGGCCCGAAAUGGAUGAAUCUGUGGGAGGAAGUCGUGAACCAGGAGUUGGAUCUGCAGUUCCUAGGCGACUUCGGACCACGGGCUCUGACACCGCUGUUUGAAAAGAAAGUCAAGGAUCUCUCCAACGCGAGGCGCCAGGCCAUCGCGAAAGAGAUCAACCGCCAAAUCACAGUGGCACAGGCAAAUGGGUUGCUGCCAGCUAAGCCCGCGAGUAUUGCUCAAAGCGUGAACGUAGACCACACCAAUAUCCACGGUGGUGUCAAAAUCCCCUACAAGGAGUGGCCAGGGUAUCGGAGAGGUGAGGACAUGUACAGUGACCUGAGCGAAAUGAUUCAUGGGUAUGGGAAGAAGUACGAGUUCCAGGCAACGAACUGGCCAAAACUGGAACGACACAUUCUCGAGUGGCUGAAACCAAGCAGCGCCACGGCUGGAGAGGGGAAGGAGAUCGUCUGGGAGGAUGAGAGACAGGAGAAGAAGAUCCGGUAA